CAACCAGAUCCAAUUCUUUUCUUUCUUUCUUUUUUUUUUUUUUUCACACGAAGCGAAGCAAAGCGCAGCGCAGCCACCGUCGUCGUCGUCGUCCUCACAGUGACCCAGCGCCAGGCAGGCAGGCAGAGGCCCUAGGGGCACCCCCAACCCGAUCCUCCUCUCCUCGAUCGCCGACCUGGAGGAUCUCCUCCUCCUCCUCGCCCGCCGGUAACCCUAGAUCUGCUGCGGAUCCCUCGCCUCGCCGCCAUGUUCUGGCGCAUGACCGGUCUCUCCGCGGCCUCGCCGGUGGAUACAAUUCUAGACAAGGAGAACUUCACACUAGAAGAACUUCUUGAUGAGGACGAAAUAAUUCAGGAGUGCAAAGCGCUGAAUACUCGUCUCAUUAAUUUCUUACGAGAUAAGGCUCAAGUGGAGCAAUUGCUUCGUUACAUCGUGGAAGAAGUUCCAGAAGAUUCAGAAAAGAAGCGUUCUUUCAAGUUUCCAUUCAUUGCUUGUGAGAUAUUUACGUGUGAAAUUGACAUCAUCUUGAGGACCUUAGUAGAGGAUGAAGAGUUAAUGGAUUUGCUCUUCUCGUUUGUAAAACCUGGUCAUCCACAUAGCACACUGUUAGCUGGUUACUUCAGCAAGGUGGUAAUAUGUUUGAUGCUGAGAAAGACUUCUCCUCUAAUGAACUAUGUCCAGGAGCACCCAGAACUUGUUGUCCAACUUGUUGAUCUCAUUGGCAUCACAUCAAUAAUGGAGGUUCUGAUUCGACUGAUAGGUGCUGAUGAAACCAUAUACUCAAAUUAUGCUGACACAUUGAAGUGGUUAGAAAAUACAGAUGUACUGGAAAUGAUUGUGGACAAAUUUAGCUCAUCUGAUUCCCCUGAAGUACAUGCCAAUGCUGCUGAAAUUCUUUCUGCAGUGACUCGAUGUGCUCCUCCUGCUCUCGCUGCAAAAAUAUGCAGCCCAAGUUUUGUUGGGAGGUUGUUUCGUCAUGCUCUUGAGGAAUCACGCCCCAAAUCUGUCCUGGUUCAUUCGUUAUCAGUAUGUAUAUCUUUGUUGGACCCCAAAAGACUAGCUUCAGCUUCAUACCAAGCAUUUAGAAGUAACUUAAGCCAUGGGACAUUGGUUACUGCUAGUCCAGAUACAGUUGAUGGUAUGCUGGAGAGCCUAGGUGAUUUGCUGAAGUUGUUGGACAUUUCUUCUGCUGAAAGUGUUUUACCUACGACAUAUGGAUGCUUGCAGCCCCCUCUUGGAAAACACCGUUUGAAGAUUGUGGAGUUCAUCUCUGUUUUGCUGACAAUUGGUAGUGAAACUGCGGAAAAGGAGCUAAUUAACCAAUCUGCAAUAAAGCAUUCCAUUGAUUUGUUCUUCCAGUACCCUUACAAUAACUUUUUGCAUCAUCAUGUUGAGAGUAUCAUCAUUUCUUGUCUGGAAGUUAAUAGGUCCCAGCUGAUUGACCAUGUCCUUAAUGAAUGCAAUCUUGUUGGCAAAAUUCUUGCUGCUGAAAGAAGUCCCUCGCUAUCAACAGAAUCUAACACACCAACAUUACCAUCAGAAGGGAAAGUGCCUCCAAAACUUGGGAAUAUUGGGCAUAUAACACGAAUAGCUAAUAAGCUUAUUCAAUUGGGAAAUAGCAACAGCAUAAUCCAGUCUCAUUUGCAGGAGAACAGCGAGUGGGUUGAAUGGCAGACAACUGCCCUGGUCAAACGCAAUGAGGUUGAGAACGUUUAUCACUGGGCCUGUGGUCGCCCGACUUCUCUACAUGAUCGUGGUAGGGAUAGCGAUGAUGACGACUUCCGAGACAGGGACUAUGAUGUGGCUGCACUUGCUAAUAACCUGAGCCAGGCAUUCCGGUAUGGAAUGUACAGCAAUGAUGACAUUGAAGAGGCACAAGCAAUUGACCGAGAUGACGAGGAUGUAUACUUUGAUGAUGAAUCAGCUGAAGUAGUAAUAUCUUCAUUGCGUUUGGGUGAUGAUCAGGACAGCAGCUCCCUCUUUACGAAUUCAAACUGGUUUACAUUUGAUGGUGAUAGAGGAAUAAAUGACCGUUUAGCUGCCUCUGUCCCUUCUUCAUCUCCGAAUUCUGGAGAGACUUCCCUAAACACGGAGGAAACUGAUGAGGUGCUAAUUGAUGAGGACACUAGCAUUGAGGCACGGCUGGAAAGCGUAUCUCUUGAAAAUGGCCCUGUCGAGGAGACCGGGGACUUAGUGGAUGCAAGUAAACAAACAGAUUCUAACAUGGAAGACGAGAAACUAUUGUGCACUGAAGAGGGAAAUGUGUCCAAAGAAGCUGAAGAGUCCGAGCAACAUGUUGUUCGAGGUGGCCAGGCAGACGUGCAGGCAGAAGAUGCAGCUGAAGGAUCAUGUGGGGAGAUGGGCACAGAGAGAGCAGUGGAUGAACCUGUUAGCUCAUCAUCUGAGACCAACGAUGCUUCAGAUGGAGCUUCUUCUGACUCAGGUGAUAUCCAUAAUGCAUCUGCAACAGGAUCUAGUGAACAAGCUCCCAACGAUUCAGGUGCAGGGUUCCAUGCCAACGAAGAAGAUUUACAUGUGAAGGUUGAAGAUGAACAGAAAACUGAUGAGCCCGCAGCAACAGAGUGAAGUAAGGUUGUACGGGGUGGGAUUGUACCAGACCAAAGCAGUAGCUCGGCAUACCCUUCCACAAGGUAGCCAAGGUGCCUAGCCUCACAUGCUUGGCAACCACGGUGAAAUCAGAAGCAACGAGUGCAGUA